GCAGGGACGGACCAGCGCCCCGCCGCUCUUCCGGGCUGCUCCGUGCUGCUCCGCUGUCCCGGGCUGGAGAGGAAGGAUUGGUCUGGGGCCUGGAGGUGCCCGAGUCCUGCGCGCACCUCAGCUCUGGGCCCCGAUUUCCUGCACCACCAGCACCCUGCCCAGCUCAGCGGGAGGGCAGCAGGCCAGGGCAGCGAAAUCGGGGGCGGGUGUGUGUGGGGGACCGUUGGAGAGUCGCCUGCGCGGCCCCUCCUGAGCCAACUGGUGGUUCUGAGUUUCCCAUCUGUGUCUGCUCCCCGAGUAGAUGUGCUUCUGGGGGCAGGAACUCCAGUGCUGGCUAUAGACAGACUCAAAAGUAGGUGAUCCCUAAGUGAGCGUUUCUGGGAGCCCGGAUGAGAAUAGAGGUGGACCACAGGCAAGAGGAACACACGCAGAAAUAACAGCUGUGUGCGCGGCUAGGGGGCUGGUUAGCCAGAGUCUGACUGCAGCAGCCUCAGUGGGUGUGGGCUCCAGGGAUGUAGAGGUGAGGUGUGCCGCCUGAGGUUGGAGGUAGUGACACUUUGUUUGUUCUUGGCUUUUAGUUGUGUCAAGGCCAAGGCCUGGACUGUGUGCUGCGGAUAGAGGCCUCGGUGUUAGGAUGUGUUUGGUCUGUUGGUGGUAACAGAAAGCAUGAUGGUGACAUUUACCCCACAGGCACGUAGCUGGAUGACACAUAGUUAAACUCUAGCUUCGUGUCUCCAAAUGGUGUCUGUCUCUGGCAAAAUGAUCCCUGAUUUGGGCCAGGAAGGGCCAUUGUGGCCAACGUCACUCCAAGACAGAGGUUAUAGGUGUGCAGGUGGGUGAGGACACAGUGAAUCUGGAAAUUGGGUGAUAUGCUGGGGGCAAUGAGGAAAGAAAAUCAAAGACUAAAUUUUGAAUGGCCUUGCCAAGACAUUUUUGUCUAAAUCUCCAGGUGCCAGGGAGAUUAGAUGUAAAGAUUAACAUACCCUUGAGGUAUGUUAAGGGAGCGAAAUGUCCCAGUUGCAGUUUUAGAAAAAUUAGUUUGAAGCCAGUUAGUGGUGGCACAGGCCUUUAAUCCUAGCACUCAGUAGACAGAGGCAGGCAGAGCUCUUGAGUUUAAGGCCAGCAUGGGCUACAGAGAAACUCUGUCUCCAAAAACAAACAAACAAAGCAAAACACCCCCCCCCAAAAAACAAACAAACAAAAAACAAAAAACAAAGAAAAAGAUUUUAAAAAACAAAAAGAAAAAUCAGUCUGGGUUCUGGAUGGCAGAUGGAUUUGGAGCAACCAAGAAAAUCAGCAAAGCUAACUAUUAUUGACUGAUUCGUGUGUGUGUGUGUGUGAGAGAGAGAGAGAGAGAGAGAGAGAGAGAAACUUUUUUUUGGGAGUUGGUUCUCUCCUGUAGAUUACAUGUAUUCUGGGUAUUAGGCUUGGGUCAACAGUCUUACAUGUCAAGCACUUUUACUAAGCCAGUGGUUCUCUGCCUUCCUAACGCUGCAACCCUUUAAUACAGUUCCUCAUGUUGUGGCGACCCCCAAACAUAAAAUUAUUCUCGUUGCUAUUUCACAGCUGUCAUUUGGCUACUGCUAUGAACUGUACUGUAAUAUCUGUGUUUGCCAAUGGUCUUCAGGCGGCCAGUGUCGAAAGGCUUGUUCGACCCACUGUUGAGAGCUACUGCAUUAAGCAAUCUUCUCACUGCCUUUUUUUAAAAUCAUUUAGGUGAGAAACAGUGAGAUUUGGACUCAGAAUUGGUGACAGGCCUGAAAGAAGUUUGCCAGCCUUGGGUAUGGGUUCAAGGGAGAAACUUGGGCUGAUGAUUUAGACUGGGGUUAAUUCAGCACACCCAGAGUUGGUAGACGGGAAAGGGCCUACUUGCUUCUGUGUGGGUUGGCCCUGGAGAGCCUCCCAUGCACACAUUGGUCUAUAUGCCCCACAAGGCUGCCCAGGGACAUCUGUUCCUGCCUCCCUAUGUUCUGUGUUUUGUUUUUUUUCAGAUUGGGUUUCAUAUAGCCCAGGCUACUUGAUAUGUAACUUAGGCUAGCCUUGAACAGCUUGUAUUACAUGAAUGUAUCACUACAUUCAGCUUUGAGAACACGUGUGUCAUGACUGAUUCAGAAAUGUUGUCACAGUGGACCGUGUAGAGAAUGGUGUUGACGUGCCUCAUCCUGGCCUGCGUGUACGCUGUUGGAAAUGAAUCUUUUUAACGAGGACUUAUUUUUCCUUUGUGUGUCUGAGUGCUUUGCCUUCGUGUAUGUCCAUGCACCACAUAGGCAUGCACGCAGACCAAACGAGGGAGUCAGAUCCACUCGCUUGUAGCCAUCAUGCGGAUGCCGGGAACCGAACCCCGUCCUCUGUAAGAGCUGCAAGUGCUCUUCACCAGUGAGUCACCUCUCCAGCCCCCAUGCCUAUGUUUUGAGAUACUUUCCUCUGUACAGUCUCCAGUCCCUCCAGCUGUCUGAGGGACAUGUUCCGAUGUUGCCUGACUCCCAGCGGACGUUUGAAGCUGCAGUUGAUUUUGGGCUGUAGUGUCUUUUCCAGCACAGAUAUCUGACAGUUUGAUUUAUGGGUUAUACACAGGGAGAGGGUAAGGUCAAUAAAUGAUACCAUGUAACAGUUCCAACAGUGCACUGUAGUGAGUGUGUAUUAACUUCACGUGGUUCUUGGUUCUCUCAGACUGUCUUCCGCAUGGCACCAGUUGGCCGAGCAGCUGGUGGUUUGGGGACUUCCCAUCAGGGGAGUUCACUUCCGAACUGCAACCUGACCCAGUGUAGGCUUGAGGAGGCUACCGGAAGAUGGAGGUGACCAGGGGCCUUAUCUUGUGUGUCCUGUCUCCUCGUGGGUGGUGGAUGGAGGAGAAGGUCGAGACUGGGGUUCAGGCCCCCUGUGAUAAAGCAACCUGUCAUCCUGGCUCUUGAGGUUAUAUAGGAAGUAGUGUGUGUGUGGGCACGCCUGGCCCUCAGCUCCUGUGUCCUGCCAGGGUGUUCAGGUGGACAGCCUGCUCACCUCCUCACUCCCUCCAGCUGACUGCUGCCUCAGGUGGCAGGGCUGAGACCUCACCAGCACUGACUGGUGCAGUAGGAGGCCUGCUGGGAUGGAGAGCAGCCUGGCUGGCACCAUCUCAGGAGAUGGGCUGGCAAGGAUCAAGCAGGAGAAGUCCGAGUGGCAGUCGCAGACCGCGGCGUCUCAGGCCGCGCUCCCGGAGAAGGACAAGGAAAACAUAUGUCAGCAGCAGGGCGGCCUCCCUCCAUGUCAGACCGCGGGGCGGCCCUGGGCUCUGGGGUCCCAGGAGGAGACUGGGGGUGCACGGUGGGCGCCGCCUCCUGAGCAGGAUGCACGGCCGGCCCCUCGAGUUCCGGGGACCGCUGCAGGGCCCCUGAGCCCCGCACUCUCCGCGGGCGGGGCUCACUUCGUGUGUGUGGAUUGUGGGAAGAGGUUCAGCUGGUGGUCAUCCCUGAAGAUCCACCAGCGCACGCACACGGGCGAGAAGCCUUACCUCUGCGGCAAGUGUGGCAAGAGCUUCAGCCAGAAGCCCAACCUGGUACGCCACCAGCGCCACCACACCGGCGAGAGGCCCUUCUGCUGCCAGGAGUGCACGCGGCGCUUCAGUCAGAAGCAGCACCUGCUCAAGCACCAGAAGACCCACUCCCAGCCCGCCACCCACACCUGUCCCGAAUGCGAGCGCUGCUUCCGGCACCAAGUGGGCCUCCGCAUCCACCAGCGAGCGCAUGCCCGAGAGCGCCUGGGCGCCCGCGUCGGCUUGCCCGAGGUGCUGCGGCCUGCCGCUGCUCGCCCCCGGGCCUGUGGCCCGCGCUCGGGAUCCCCACGCGGGCGCCCUGAGUGGGUCUGGCUGGGGCUCUGCCAGGGUUGGUGGGGCCAGCAUGGGGUCCGGACGACAACCCACAGCCGCUUGGGUGCCAGCGAGCAGCGCCAGUUCAUCUGCAACGAGUGCGGCAAGAGCUUCACGUGGUGGUCGUCGCUGAACAUCCACCAGCGCAUCCACACGGGCGAGCGGCCCUACGCCUGCCCGGACUGCGGCCGCCGCUUCAGCCAGAAGCCCAACCUCACGCGGCACCUGCGCAACCACACGGGCGAGCGGCCGCACCCUUGCCCGCACUGCGGCCGCAGCUUCCGCCAGAAGCAGCACCUGCUCAAGCACCUGCGCACGCACCUGCCCGGUGCCCAGGCCGCGAGGUGUACCAGCUGUGGCCAGGACUGCCCCAGCCGUGCGGCACUGCGGGCUCACCAGCGUGUGCAUGCCGCUGCGGAGCUGCUGCGCUCGCGGUCUGCGGGCCAGGGUGGCGUGCCUAGCUCUGAGUCACAAGCUGAGGCUGUCCAGAGUGUGUCUGUGACGCCCCAAGGUCCCCAGGGUGCUAAGGGAAUGCUGCGCGGCCAGGGGUGCGAGCCCGCGGCUGCGUCCAGCGAGCAGCGCCAGUUCAUCUGCAACGAGUGCGGCAAGAGCUUCUCGUGGUGGUCCGCGCUCACCAUCCACCAGCGCAUCCACACGGGCGAGCGGCCCUACGCCUGCCCGGACUGCGGCCGCCGCUUCAGCCAGAAGCCCAACCUCACGCGGCACCUGCGCAACCACACGGGAGAGAGACCCUACCUGUGCACGGCCUGUGGCCGUGGCUUCCGGCAGAAGCAGCACCUGCUCAAGCACGAGCGUGUGCAUGGUGGAGCUCGGGCACCGCACCCCGGCCCGGAGGAGAAAGAGCAAGAGCGAGCCCCGUGCAGCUAACAGUGGUGGUGGGUGAAACGUGUGCCUGCAGGGUGUCGAAGGGGAACUGGAGGGCCAGGAAGGCUGACUCGAUGCUCCCCGAGGUAGGCUCCUCGAGGUUCUGAGGCCUGAGGAUAGCGUACUAGAAAACAUCUGAAAGGAAGCCUGAAAAGUGCCUAGUGGGGAGGUGAGGUCAAAGCCGCAAGUGUCUGAGAUAGUCUCUGUUACUACACCGUUCAGAAUUGGCCCCCAGCCUCAGGCAUCUAGUACGGGGCUGUUGGGGGCCCUAGGAAAGCCACCUCGUGUGAAAUGGCCUGGAACUGAUCAGUGGUGGCGCUAACCUGCCACACAGGCUACAAGAUGGUCAGCGCUGUGGUCCGGGUGGGAAGGUGGUCACCGACUCCAGGAUACCAAUAGAACAAGGGCUGUGGCUAAGAAGGGGUUAAUUAUUUCCCCAGCACCAAGGACAGUGCCACCCACGGAGGUGCUGGAGGGUUUUGAUGGUCUCCAUCCGAGUGUGUCACUGCUCCAGCUGCUGGGACUGGCAAUGUGUACGAUGGUUAGGGUUGGGUGCAGCCGGGCGCUCUCACCCAUAGCUUGGCUGCUUGGGGCAGCGUCUGUGCCAAGUGUGACUGGCUUGGGUCCCUACCUACACCGGUGUUGGAGAAGAAUGAAGGCCUGAACAUUCUA